GGUAACCAGAGUGCCAUGCAGCUUUAGGAAUGAACGAUGGCAAAAAACACCGCCGCAAAUAGUUCAAACUUUGAUUGUCCGUCAUGGGCAGGUAAGCCUCCACCAGGGCUUCAUUUGGAUGUGAUGAAAGGGGAAAAGCUGAUAGAGAAACUGAUCAUUGAUGAAAAGAAAUACUACUUGUUUGGGAGGAACCCAGACCUCUGUGACUUUACAAUCGAUCAUCAAUCAUGUUCUCGAGUCCAUGCUGCCCUUAUCUACCACAAACAUUUGAAAAGGCUUUUUCUCAUCGAUCUUAACAGCACACAUGGCACGUUCCUGGGCCACAUUCGUCUGGAGCCACAUAAGCCCCAACAGGUUCCUAUUGACUCUACUAUGUCUUUCGGCGCAUCCACACGUGUCUAUACCAUACGGGAGAAACCUCAGAGCCAGGCUAAUGUGGGGACAGGCGACAAAACGGGGGAUGAUGAGGAACUGAAAGGACUGCUGGGUCUUCCCGAGGAGGAGACUGAGCUGGAGAACCUGACUGAGUUUAACACUGCUCACAACAAGCGCAUCUCCACACUGACCAUAGAGGAAGGUAAUUUAGAUAUCCAGAGGCCAAAGAGGAAAAGGAAAAGUUCCAGAGUGAGCUUCAAUGAGGAUGAAGAGGUCAUCAACCCAGAGGAUGUUGACCCUUCUGUUGGACGUUUUCGUAACAUGGUGCAGACUGCUGUUGUACCUUUAAAGAAAAGAAAAGAGGCUGGUAACUUUAUGAGCAUUGAUGACACACAUUCACAUCGUGCCCAUAGUUUUGCAGGAAAAGGUGGGCUGUAUGGAGAUCUUCCUCCUGCUCAUUCUGAUGCUCAUUCCUCAGGGGGCACCAUGCUGGGAGGACUUCCUCUACCAAACCCUGCUCCUGAGGUAGACUUGACCCCAGAGCUUCCUCAGCCUCCUGUUACACUCAACCCCACUCCUGUUAUAGGACCCUACAUUCCAGAGGGUCUAAGUGAACCCCGAAAGAAGAAGUAUGCUAAAGAGGCAUGGCCUGGCAAAAAGCCCACACCAUCUUUACUUCUCUAGCUGCAAUUUCAUCUGGACAGUUUCUUAAGUGUGGGUUUUUUUUUUUUAUAAAUAGAAUGUGAUUUUUACAUAUUUUUUCCUAUAUAAAUAUCAGUAGCUAAAACUUGGCUCUGAAUUAAUUGAUGUGCAUAAAGGUGAAGUCCACCCUAAAUGACAUGUAAUACGUUUAUCUGGGACAAAUGUGAUGCCUGUUGCAUUUCAGAUGGAUUUGUCUCUGAUGUAUUGUCUUUAUUUUAAUUAGAAAUUGGCAUUCAUAUUCAUCACAGGAGGGCAUUGCUGGUGCAGUUUCUUUGGCAUUUCAAAGAAGGAUAUGGAACAAUAAACGGUCAGGGUUUACUGGUUAACAGAAAAGAAAGCACUUCUGUUUACUAUUUUUAGCAACAUUAUGUUUGUGAUUGAGAUGGUAUGGAAGUGGGUUAGAGAAAAGGGCUGUACUCAGAAUGCAAUGCAGCUAUGCAACACAACACAUGUAAUCUGGGACCAUGACCACCAGCCUGUUUUGCUGGUCAUAGAGAGCUUAGACUUAAUCCUUAGUGAAAUUGUUGACGCCGCAGCCAUACAAAACCCCGCACAUUCAUCAGCUUCCAACAAGGGAUUCCUAGUGUGAUAUUUUUCAACACAAAGCAAUCAUUUACAGCAUUUAGUAAACACUUAUCCAAAGCGACUUACAAUUAUGACUGAAUAUAAUUCCAACAAUUGAGGGUUAAGGGCCUUGCUUAGGGGGCCCAACAAUGGCAACUUGGUGGCAAUGUGGCUUGAAUCGAACUUGAGGGUUUUUUCAGUGAUAAAUUAUGUCUGUUGUACUACAUUUAUUGUACAAUGUCUGCAUACAUAAUCAUAAUAAUUUGAGCCAUGUAUCAUCAUGUAUACAUUAAUUCAAUUAUUUUUACCUACUGCUUUAUUCUGAUUGGGCACAAACACAGAAAUACACCCUGAGCAGGGUGUCGGACUAUCGCAGGGCACAAAACAUUCUAGCGGCAGCCUUCCAUAGGCCGACGAGUGGAAAAUAUACCAACUCUAUACAAAUAGUGACCAGAACGAACCUAAUUCUCAUGUACCCUUUUCUGCUGUGUGGCUUUUAAUUACCAGCUGCUGCUUAAUAUUUAUUGGACCAAAGUAUUAGUUGGAAAUGGAACUUGCAUACAUGUUUAGUGUAUAUGCAGUUAACAUGUAUCAUUGUGGCAUAUCACUAGUACUAUUAACAACAACUGUGUGAAUAAUUGGUCAACAUUUAUGAAAUUCAUUACAAGCCAAUUUAAUGUCCUAAAUAACAAAAACAGAUUCAUACAUUUUUUAAAUGGUAAGAACAGGAUUUUUUUGUUAUCCUGAAUCUUUCUCACAUGAUGUGAAUCUAGCAUUAGUGAACUACAAGAGUAGUUGAAUGGUACCUAAAUAAAAAAAUACCUGCCAUUGGACCAAAAUGUUACUAAAAGACGGUUAAAGUGAAGAGAAUUAAAGACAACUUUAAGCAUUAUUUAAUGUCAUUUUAAAUAUUGUUGUGCACAUGAUUUAGGGUGGAUUUUUCCUUUAAAUCUUAGUCAUCAAUGGAACCUAUGAGCUGAGAGGAUUCCGUUAUUUUUAUGGUUUUAUUUUUUAUUUUGGACUAACAAGAAAAGCGGUUCAAGUCAAAUCUCAAAGAAAAGCCAUUUAAUUGAGGAGUGAAGUCUGUUGAUUAGCUUUUGUAAUACUCUACUUAUGUCACUAGAUGGUACCAGGACUAUAAACGAGAGAGAAUUAUUCAUCGUAUUUACCUUCCUUUUACACCUCUAAACAAAACUUAGACACACUGAUGACUUUCUGUUGUACUUUUUUGCUUUUGUAUCAGGAAAAAAACACAGUAAAUGAUUUUUUAAAUCUU